AUGUCCCUGAAGGACGGCUGCAUUGCCGAGUACGUCUGGAUCGACGGCUACAAUGGCCUCCGUAGUAAAGCUCGCAUGCUCUCCGAGCCGCCGUCCAAAUUCUCCGACCUCCCCGAGUGGAACUACGAUGGCAGCUCCACCAACCAGGCCCCUGGAGUCAACUCGGAAGUAAUCAUCAAACCCCAGGCAAUCUACCCCGAUCCCUUCCGCGGUACCCCGCACAUUCUCGUCAUGUGUGACACCUAUACGCCCGAAGGAGAGCCCAUUCCAACAAACACUCGCUACGAGUGCGCUAUUGCCAUGGAUACCAUCAAGGAACAGGAACCGUGGUUCGGCCUGGAGCAGGAAUAUUUUUUGAUCAACCCGGCCACGGGUAAGCCCAUCGGCUUUCCGGAGGAGGGUGAGCCGGAGCCUCAGGGACCGUACUACUGCGGCGUGUCUGGUUCCAAGAUGUUUGGUCGCGAUAUUGCCGACGCUCACUUCAAGGCUUGUGUCUAUGCUGGCAUCAAGAUUUCAGGUACCAACGCUGAGGUCGCCCCUGGCCAAUGGGAGUACCAAGUUGGUCCGGCAAUAGGCAUUGAGCAAGGAGACAUGCUCUGGAUGUCUCGCUAUCUUUUGGAACGCAUCGCUGAAAUGAAGGGCAUUGACGUCAACUACGACCCCAAGCCGGUCAAGGGAGACUGGAAUGGCUCUGGCUGCCACUCCAAUUUCUCCACCAAAGCCAUGCGCGAGCCUGGUGGGUACGAGGGUGCCAUUGUCCCCGCCCUUGAGAAACUGGGCAAGAAGCACGCCCAACAUAUCGCCGCCUAUGGCUCGGGCAAUGAGGAGCGCCUCACGGGCCGCCAUGAGACUGCCUCAAUUGAGGAAUUCAAGUGGGGAGUCGCCGAUCGUGGUGCCUCGUGUCGUGUUGGAAGCGACACCGCGGAGAAGGGCUGUGGAUACUUUGAGGACCGUCGCCCUGCCGGUAACUGCGACCCGUAUGUUGUUACCAAGAUGUUGGUGCAGACCUGCUGCAUUGAUCCGUAG